GCCUUAGGUAUGAUUCCAGGCGUGAAACAGUCGCCUUCGGGCAUGACUUUCGCAUGGUCCUUUUCCAUGCAGGCAUGAAGUCACGAAUCUGGGAGGAUCGCCCAGGGCGGAAUGCGCAUCCACCAACCAAGACGCCGGCGAACAGCGAAAUGGUGUAGCGUUUCACACCAAAGAACGAAAGAGGUUUGGGCAGGCGCCAAAAGACCUGCUUCAGGUAUGGCAGAGGGCGAAGGAGGCUCGUGAGAAGAGCGAUCAGAAGGGCCGGCCAGUCCCCAAGUGUUGAGCUUGACUUGAUCGAGGGGCCGCCACGCGUGCUACUACGUUUUAUACUGCAAAUGACGAAGUCUAUGCGGGCCCUCGCCCGAAACUGGCCGUGCGCUCGAUUUCUACCACUGUAUAUCAAGAUGCCACUCAGGCUCAUUGGGCGAUCGGAGAGGAUAUCCGCUAUCAUCACGUGGAAUAGUCCCUCGGCGUACCUUCCGUAUGAAACGGCCCUCUAAAUCAUGGCCUAAAAUUUUGUUGCGCUCUCGGUGCUGGCGGAGUUUGACAUACUGUGUAGAACUGUGCAGGCUAAUGCCAGUGCCGUAACAAUCAAUCCCUCUCGAGUUCGAUACCACGGAAGGAAAUUUUCGUGACCUGUCUUUUCUUCGAACAAAAUGGCCAAGACAAAGACAAAAUCACCGGGGAAGCAAAAGGAUAUCCUCCAUUCGACCAACGCUCCGCUAGUCAAGUCCGCACCCAAACCAUCCUCCCAGCGACCGGUCGAAGACCUUCUCACGGAAGCGGCUGAGCUACUCGAACAAGCCCAACCCGAGCGUGCCCUCCCACUUGCCGAAGAAGCCCUACGCAGACUAGAAUCGGAACGACCACCCCAAAGCAAUGGCCAGGAUGCCGACAUAGAUGCCCUACUUCAACUAGCGGCUGAAGGCAAACCUACGCUCCCUGCAGCGCUGACCCUCACAGCCGAGAUCCAGCUUGCCUUGGGCGAUAUCGAUGCUGCCAGGAAAAGUUUCACACGCGUCACACAGCUCGACCCUGACGGGGCGCUGGUGAGCGCCGAGCCUUGGCUGGAGCUGGCACAAAUAUGCGAGGAUGGUGGCCACGAGAGCAUAGCGCAUUUCGAGAGAGCGACUGAAGUUCUGCGGAAUGAGAUUGAAGUCCUCGAGGACGAUGAGGCCAAAGCCCUGGGUCAGACCGCAAAAGUUCUGGACGAAAAGAGGGCCAAACUGGCAAAUGCAUUGUGCGCCAUGGCCGAAGUCUACAUGACCGAUUUGAGUUGGGAAGAGGAUGCCGAGCAACGAUGUGAGGCGUUCGUCACGGAAGCCGUCGCAGUAUGUCCCGAGCGCUUGAGUGCCGGUGUUUUACAGACCUUAGCGAGCGUCAGAAUAAGCCAGACGAGGGUGGACGAUGCGCGCCAGGCGUUGGGGCGAAGUAUGGAUAUCUGGAAGGAUGUUCCGCAGGAAGUGGAUGACGAUGAACGACGGCCUGACUUUGCUACCCGGGUGAGCUUGAGCAGACUGCUCAUGGAAGUCGAGCAGGAACCGGAGGCAUUUGCGGUCAUUGAAGGUCUAAUUCGGCAGGACGAUGAAAGUGUCGAGUGCUGGUAUUUGGGGGGCUGGUGCCAGGUUCUGAUUUCGCAAAAGCCCGAAACUACCCCUGAGGAGGUGGCUAAAAGUCAGGAGACAGCUAAGACAUGGCUGGACAAUUGCCUUCGGUUAUAUCGCAAGCUAGAGUACGAGGAUGAAAGAUUACGGGAUCAUGCAGUUGAGUUGGUCCAGCAGUUGAACAAGAUCCUUGGCGUUGAGGACCAGAUGGACGAUGACGAUGCAUGGGAAGAUGAAGACGACCAGGAAGAGGAUGUCGAUGAGGAUUUCGAGGUCGAGGUCGAAGUCGAGACCAAUGGACAAGAUGCCCAUGGAGAUGGGGAUGUAGAGAUGAGUUAAAACGACAAAUAGAGAUGAAUGAACGAUCUUCGACCCCAGCA